AUGCCACCGGGCCGGAUCCUGCUACCGCUGCUGCCGCUGCUGACGCUACUGCCGCUCGGCCCCGCCACGCCGUGUUCCCCCCAACCCAACGUCACCCGUUUCGUCUGCACGGAGCCCACCCUGAGCACCUUCCCCUCCGGGCUGCCCCCCACCACCCUGGCCGUCUCGGUGGAGUUCACGGCGCUGGCCGUCCUCCUCCCCACCGCCCUGGCCGGGCUGCCCCGGCUGCAGGAGCUCCACCUCUCCUCCAACCGCCUCGCCACCCUCCCCAAAGCCCUCCUGCGCCCCGUGCCCACCCUGCGCGUCCUCGACCUGACGAACAACCUCCUGGCCGACCUCCCCGCCGGCAUCUUCGCCACCACCGGUCACCUCCAGCACUUGGUGCUGCGGGGGAACCAGCUGCAGGCACUGCAACCUGCCUGGUUCCGGCAUCUUCCCCGGCUGCAGUGGCUCGACCUGGCUGCCAACGCGUUGGCGGAGGUGCCACCGGCAGUUUUUCACCCACUGCGUUCCCUACGUAGCCUGGAUCUGUCCCACAACCGCCUGGCAACCCUGGCACCGGGCGCGCUGGCCGGGCUGCGGGCGUUGGAGCAGCUCGACCUGGAGGGGAACCGGCUGGGCACGCUGUCGCCCUCCGCCUUCGCGCCCGCGCCCGCCCUGCGCCUCCUCUUCCUCCAGGAUAAUGAGCUGCGGGUGCUGCCUGCCGGCAUCUUCAUCCCCCUGCGUCAUCUCCGUGUCCUCAACCUGGCGCAUAACCAGCUGCAGGUGCUGGAGCUGCCGCCCCGGUCCCCCGGCCCCGCGUUGGACCUCGACAUCUCGGGCAACCCCUGGGUCUGCCAGUGCCCGCUGCUGGCACUGCUGCGGCGGGCGGCCCCGCAGCUCACCGCCACCCGCGACACCCUCUGCGCCAGCCCCCCCCGCUACCGGGGACAGGAGGUGGCCGCCGUCAGCCGGGCUGGGGACACAGGCUGCGAGCCCAAGGGGGAUAGGCAGCACCCGUCGGACCCCUAG